AUGACACAGCUACAUCGCAUUCUCGAGGCCAGUACCCUGUCGGCAGCCUUCGAAGUGCACCACUCUGUUUCUAGGAGCCCACUUGCCAAUGCAGAACUUGUUGGCAACGGACCCAACAUGCGAAGGCGCUUUGCUACUAAAUCCCUCGGAAACCCCAACAACGAACAAAACCCUACCAUCCUGCCAGUAUCGAAUUGCGCGGGCACUCUCUAUACUACAAACAUCAAGAUUGGAGGUCAAUCGCUGCAGGUACUAGUUGACAGUGGCACCUCAGAUCUAUUUGUCGAGUCCUCUUCGUGCGACGAGUCGUGCACAUCUUCCAACAACAGUCGAUACGACGCCUCGGAAUCAUCUACUUUCCGAACGGCCAACGACUUGGGUGAAAGUAUCCAUGGAUACGAUACUCUUACACUGGGAGAUAUCAAUAUCCCUAACCAAGUAUUUGCCCUGGCUUCUUCCUCCAUCUUCAAUAUUAGUGCACUGUGCUACAAAGUUGGAUAUCUGGGUCUUGGUUUGAGUGAUACCACAAGAUACAACUUCCCUUCCCUUCUAAGCAAUUUGAAAGAACAACAACAAAUUACCAUGUUCUCUCUGUAUUUGGGUGAUCACAGCGACUACGAGACUUUCAUGAACGAAACAACUCAUAACCUACAGGUAGUUCGUCAGAGGCCACCAGUUUCAGCCACAUCUGAGCUCACCUUUGGCGGGGUAAACCCAAAAAGAUACAAGAACUGCCUGAGAUGGCAUGAAGUUGGUCAGUCCCCGGAUAAAGGCGAAGCCUUUAAGGGAUACUGGGACUUUGCCCUGGACGAAGUCAAGGUUGGAUCGACAGAAGUACCCUCUUCCCGUCUAGCAAUGGUUGAUUCCAGUAAGAAUUUCUCCGCUGGCCCACAAGAAUCUGUAGGGCGAUUCGCGAAGUUGCUCGGUAUGACUUGCAAGGCAUUUACCGACGAUUUCGAGGAUGACGAACGGUAUGCGGAUGCGGAUGCGGAUACGGACGAGGCGGACGGGGACGAGGAAGCGUACGAGGCUGCCAAAGAAGAAAUUCCAUGCAACGAUCCAUUUGAUACGACCAAUUGCGUGAAAGUCUUCAAAGAUGUUAAAUGCGACGAUCCACGUGGCUGGGAUUUUGCUUAUAUUCAGUGUUCUCACAGUUACUCAAUGCAGUCAUUGACAUUUGUCGCUGAUGGGAAUGCAUACCACUUUUCCCCUUCAGAGCUCUUCCGAGAAGCUGACACUGACCACGGACGUGUUUGUGUUCUCCAAUUGAAAGGAGUUCCUGGAUAUCCUGGGUGGGUACUCGGAAUGGACUUUUUGCGCAAGUACUACACUGUAUUUGACUACGGUCGAAAAAGACUUGGAUUUGCCGAGGCCACAGUUCAAAGCUCAACAGUGUGUGAGGCGGAUUCCAGCUACUUUAGUCGGGGUAUUCCAGACGAAGCAAAACCAGCAGCAUCUGUCACAUCCACAUCUCCAAACCACAGUCCAACUUCACACGAAGGCGGCCUGCUAUCAGGGUUUCGUUUCUUGAUUCGGAUCUUGUUUGCUGGGUUUUUCAUUGUUGGGGUUUGCCUUGCUGGGGUUAUGAUCGUGCAUCGUCAAGCUCGGGCGCCAACACAAGGACAUUUCCCAGUGAGAACUACCGAUCCAGACGAGGAGGAAGUUGCAAAAAGGUGGGAAGUUGAACUUCCAGCUUUGACACAGUAG